UUUUUGGUUUUUUUUUCCUGAGAAGAAAAAAGUAUAUGGAGAUGGAGAAUCAAAGGGAAAGCGGUCUACAAGUCGCUUAAUUUGCUACUGCAUUUUGCUGAUAAAUUAAGCACAGUUACUUUCAAGAAAAAUGCGCACGACAAUCCUGUCGCUUGUAGAAUCCAAACUUAUCGACAACUUACAGGCCUUUUGGUUUGAGGAGAUCUGGUGAUGAGGAUCGAACAGACUAGUGUUUUGAUACUUGCCUCCUUGCUAUGCCUUCUCAGCAGCUGGCCGCCACUCCUCGACGCUCAGCUAAGCGGAAUCUCGGCACGCUCGCUAGAUGCGCUUCUUCAAGAUUAUGCUUUCAGGGCCUUCGCUCAACACCCAAGAACGGGCACUCCUUAUGCCGCCCGCCUUCCCAGCAAUCUUUCAGGACUUCAAGCCACAGCAAUGAGGCUUCGGAGCGGAAGCCUCAAAAACAGAGGCGUUCGCAGCUACAACGAGUUUCAGAUCCCAGUAGGCAUUACUGAGCAGCCUUAUGUGGAGAGGCUUGGUUUGGUAUACCACAACCUCGCAAACUGGUCUUCUAUUUUUUACCCUUUACCUGGGUUUACUUAUUUAGCUCCUGUCCUGGGUCUGCUGGCCUAUGAUGCUUCUGAUUUAUCUGCUUCAAGUUUACCUGAAUUGUACAUAAGAGCAUCAUACAAGCCCAUCUUGAUCAGCUUCCCAAAUUUGACUUCAGCUCCAGCAGAUGGGUUGUCGCCCAAGUGUGUAUAUUUUGAUUUGGACGGUUCAGUGCAGUUCGACAAUGUGCUAUCCGGAAAUGUAUGUUCAGCAACUCAACAGGGACACUUCUCCAUAGCUGUCGAGUCUACUGCUCCCUCUCCUGCUCCCAAUGCGGCGGCUCCGCCUCCUAAUUCUGGCAGAAAGGGCAACUCGAGGGUGUGGACAGUUGUUGGAUCUUUGGUUGGUGGGUUUGCCUUAUUGGCUUUAUUGGGUAUAUUAGUCGUGUUGUUGAGAAGGUGUAAAAACGGGAAGAAGGUGCAGCAAAUGGAAUGGGCAGCGGAUGGGGGUGAAACCUUGCAGAGAACUUCCGUUGGGAAUACCAAGGCGCCACUGGCAAUGGGGACUCGGACACGACCGGUAUUGGAGAAUGAAUAUGUGCCUUAGCCCUUAGGUUUUAACCCACGCCACCAGAUUUCAACCAGAACGCCAAGCUAUCUACCCGAGGAAGCGGUGUUGAUCAGUACGUACGUACCAUUGCUUCAGAAGCACUAAAGUCUCUCUCGGCAUGCACUUCAAAAGCACUCAAUUAAGUCUCUCCUGCG